ACAGUGAGGGGCUCAGCGUAAACAGGAAAAAGGAGCACAGCACGCAGGACUUGGAGGGUGUUGAUUGAAAACUUGGAGCUCCCCACCCCAUUCACAGUUGAUUGGACUGGUUUCCCAGAGAAUGUUUCAAUUAAGGUCCCUUUAGAUGGAAUAUAAUACUGCAGAAGCCUUUUCAUCAAAAGGAUUAAUGCCUGCAUUAUCAUUUCUGCAAUAAAAUAGAAAGCUAAGUGGUGGAGGCCACAGACACCUCAAACCUGGAUUCCACAAUUCCACUUUAAGUGCUGGAGUUUUUAUUACUCUGCUGUAGGAAAGCCUUUGCCAAUGCUUACAAGGAACAGUCUAUCCCUGCUUCUCUGGGUCCUGUUUGAUGGAGGUCUCCUAACACCACUUCCGCCACACCUACAACAGACUUUAGCCACAGAACCAAGAGAAAAUGUUCUCCACCUGCCAGGGCAGCCAUCACAUUUCCAACGGGUUAAACGUGGCUGGGUAUGGAAUCAAUUUUUUGUACUGGAGGAAUACAUGGGCUCCGAACCUCAGUACGUGGGAAAGCUCCAUUCUGACUUAGAUAAGGGAGAGGGCACUGUUAAAUACACCCUCUCAGGAGAUGGCGCUGGCACCGUUUUUACCAUUGAUGAAACUACAGGGGACAUUCAUGCAAUAAGGAGCCUGGAUAGAGAAGAAAAACCUUUCUACACGCUUCGUGCUCAGGCUGUGGACAUAGAGACCAGGAAGCCCCUGGAGCCUGAAUCAGAAUUCAUUAUCAAAGUGCAGGACAUUAAUGAUAAUGAACCAAAGUUUUUGGAUGGACCGUAUGUUGCUAGUGUCCCAGAAAUGUCUCCUGUGGGUGCAUAUGUGCUCCAGGUCAAGGCCACGGAUGCAGAUGACCCAACCUAUGGAAACAGUGCUAGAGUCGUUUACAGCAUUCUUCAGGGACAACCUUAUUUCUCUAUUGAUCCCAAGACAGGUGUUAUUAGAACAGCUUUGCCAAACAUGGACAGGGAAGUCAAAGAACAAUACCAAGUCCUCAUCCAAGCCAAGGACAUGGGCGGACAACUGGGAGGGUUAGCCGGAACGACAAUAGUCAACAUCACCCUCACCGAUGUCAAUGACAAUCCACCUCGAUUCCCCAAAAGCAUCUUCCAUCUGAAAGUUCCUGAAUCUUCUCCUAUUGGUUCAGCUAUUGGAAGAAUAAGAGCUGUGGAUCCUGAUUUUGGACAAAAUGCGGAAAUUGAAUACAAUAUUGUUCCAGGAGAUGGGGGAAAUUUGUUUGACAUCGUCACAGAUGAGGAUACGCAAGAAGGAGUCAUCAAAUUGAAAAAGCCUUUAGAUUUUGAGACAAAGAAGGCCUACACUUUUAAAGUCGAAGCUUCCAACCUUCACCUUGACCACCGGUUCCACUCGGCGGGCCCCUUCAAAGACACAGCCACGGUGAAGAUCAGCGUGCUGGACGUGGAGGAGCCGCCGGUGUUCAGCAAGCCGCUGUACACCAUGGACGUGUACGAAGACACGCCGGUCGGGACCAUCAUCGGCGCCGUCACGGCCCAAGACCUCGAUGUAGGCAGCAGUGCCGUGAGGUACUUCAUAGAUUGGAAGAGUGAUGUGGACAGCCACUUUACGAUAGAUGGAACUGAAGGAACCAUCGCCACUAAUGAAUUGCUAGACAGAGAAAGCACCGCGCAGUAUAAUUUCUCCAUCAUGGCGCGUAAAGUUAGUAACACAUUAUUAACCAGCAAAGUCAACAUAUUGAUUAAUGUCCUAGAUGUCAAUGAAUUUCCACCAGAAAUAGCUGUACCAUAUGAAACAUCUGUGUGUGAAAAUGCCAAACCAGGACAGAUCAUUCAGAUAGUCAGCGCUGCAGACCGAGACCUUUCCCCUGCUGGACAGCAGUUCUCCUUUAGAUUAUCACCUGAGGCUGCCAUCAAACCAAAUUUUACCAUCCGUGACUUCAGAAACAACACAGCUGGAAUUGAAACUAGAAGAAAUGGAUACAGCCGGAGGCAGCAAGAGUUGUAUUUCCUCCCUGUUGUAAUAGAAGACAGCAGCUAUCCUGUCCAGAGCAGCACUAACACAAUGACUAUUCGAGUUUGUAGAUGUGACUCUGAUGGUACCAUCCUGUCCUGUAAUGUGGAAGCAAUUUUUCUCCCUGUAGGACUCAGCACUGGGGCUUUGAUUGCAAUCCUGCUGUGCAUUGUUAUACUCUUAGUCAUAGUUGUGCUGUAUGUCGCUCUACGAAGGCAGAAGAAGAAAGACACCCUGAUGACCUCUAAAGAAGACAUCAGAGACAAUGUUAUCCAUUAUGAUGAUGAAGGAGGUGGGGAGGAGGACACCCAGGCUUUUGACAUUGGUGCUCUAAGAAAUCCAAAAGCGAUUGAAGAUAACAAAAUUCGCAGGGAUAUAAAGCCAGAGUCUCUCUGUUUACCUCGGCAGAGACCAUCGGUGGAAGAUAACACAGACAUAAGGGAUUUCAUUCAUCAAAGGCUACAGGAAAAUGAUGUGGACCCAACCGCUCCACCAUAUGAUUCAUUGGCAACAUAUGCCUAUGAAGGAAAUGGAUCAGUCGCAGACUCCCUGAGCUCUAUAGACUCUCUCACCACGGAAGCAGAUCAGGACUACGACUAUCUGACAGACUGGGGACCCCGCUUUAAAGUCUUGGCAGACAUGUUUGGUGAAGAAGAGAGUUAUAAUCCUGAUAAAGUCACUUAGGGGAAAUGCAAAGACUAAAUCAACAGGAGAAAUAAAACAAGAAACAAAACAAACACACACAUAGAAAUCACACACACACACACACACACACACAGACCCCACAGGCUAUAUAGGACAAGAUUCCUUUGAUUAUCUGGUUUCUAGCAAGUUGCUCUAUUUAUCAUAUUGUCAGUUUUGGUUUAUUCUACCAACACAAGAUAAAUCCUAUUAUAUGUACUUGCUUGGUUUGGUUUUGUUAUUUUGGAAAUACACUGAGACAAGCUCAGGCCUAUUAAAUACAAUUUACUGACAUGACAACCUAGAACGAAGAUAGCUAUGUGGCAUCACGGUGGAAGAGUGUUAGAUUUUUCUUAAUUCCACUAAAGUGCCUAUUGAAACUCUUAUCAUUUAAAGUGGUGUACAGUACACUCCGCUGUGAUGGCAUUGCAGGAUUCAGAGACACAGGACAUAAAACAAAGACACUGUCUUUCUAUGUCAAGGAGCAAUAUCAACAUGCUGACUUCUCGUUCCUUUUCAGGAAAAAAGAAGAAUACUUUCCGAACUCCAUCUUCUUAUAAUUCAAUGUUUUUUUAAAAAAACAAAAACAAAAACAAAAACUGUAUGCCAAAACACAUUUGUUUCCCCACCCUUCCUGAAAAUUGAAAUAAAUGUGAUACUAAAUUCAAUAUGUAAGUUCUGAAUUUUAAAAGCAAUGUUUGAUCGUACCAUUAGUUCAUAUCAUAGCUAUUCAUUAAAAUGUUACUUUUUAUCAAAAAAUAAACUUUCAAAAAAUGAAAUUUAUAAAUAUCUCUCUUUAUAAAGAGAUGCCUCAGGGCUGAAACUCCACAUUAAAAUAAAUAUUGGUUUUGUUUUAAUACUGUGCUGGUGUGUGGAAGGUUGGUUUUAACAAGUGACCAGAUCAUUGAAGUCUUGAUUCAUAGAUAAAAUUUUAAGUUGUGUUUCUAUAAAAAUUAAAAAAAACCCAUAAGUUAAAACAUGAAAAUAAAAUUUAUUAUAAGCUACUCAGAAUUUUCUAUAAUCUAGUGAUUAUUUGAUGACCA